AUGGCUAGCACGGACAACGCCGAGAAUACCACUCCCAUGCACGAGCUGAAGACCGUCCCCAAAGACGCCAGAGAGCCAAUUCCCGGCGACAAGCCAGGCGAUGCCACAAAAUUAGAUGACACAGGCCCCCCUGAUGGCGGCGCUGCUGCAUCGUUGGUCGUCCUGGGCGCGUGGUGCUGCUCCUUCUCCAGCCCGGGCUGGAUCAACACAGCGACGCGAUGGACUAAUAGCAAUGCUCUUCCACCAGGCGUGGGCAGCUUCCAGCAGUAUUACGAGGCUGGACCUCUGAAAGACUACUCCAGCAGCACCAUUGCCUGGAUUCUCUACAGCCCGAGGCCGCUCAUUAUUGGCGGGACGCUUCUUCACGUCUUUGGGCUGAUGAUGGCGUUGUUGGCGAAGACGUACUAUCAGUUCAUCUUGUCCCAGGGAGUGUGCAGUGCCAUUGGCGUUGCAUCGCUUGCCUGCGUCUCCACCUGGUUUUCCGAGAAGCGCGGAGCCGCUAUGGGCAUCAUGGUGAUGGGCUCAUCAGUCAGCAGCGUCAUCUUCCCCAUCAUGAUUAGUCGCAUGAUCCAGAGCACCGGUCCGCCUGAGAACAAAGCCCGUGCCCAAGAAGAUACCUUCACUGCACCCUUCACAGAGUUCUUGUUUGUUAUGCUGCUGGGCAUCUUCGUCCUGACCUAUGGUAUAUUCAUCCCCAUUGACUAUCUAGUGGUGCAGGGUUUUCAGGAGGCAUAUAUAUUAGAGGAGAUGGCUCAGUACUUGGUGUCCAUCUUCAACGCCGCAAGUCUCUUCGGCCGUCUGGUCGCCGGUUAUGGCGCCGAUAGAAUCGGAAGAUGGAAUAUGUUCAUUAUCGCCUGUACUGUUUCCGGAAUCUCCGAGUUCGCCGUCUGGAUCCCCGCCACGCGCUCGUCCAUCGCCAUCGGCUUCGCCAUCAUGUUCGGCUUCGCGACAGGAGCCUUUAUAGGCCUUUCCGGCGCCCUUCCCGUCUCGGUGUCCCCCCUGCCCGAGAUGGGCUACCGGCUGGGCGUAGUCUUCCUCGCUAUCUCGAUCCCCGCCCUCACCAUGGCGCCCAUUGGUGGAGCCAUUCUCCAAAAUUCGGCCCACGGCUGGCUGGACGUGAAGAUCUUUGGCGGCGUCAUGUGCCUCGCAGGGUCGGCGAUUGUUCUGCUAUCGAGGUGGCUCUAUACCGAGGAGAAACUUCUCAAGGUGUUUUGA